UUUGCAUGCCUAGGCAAACCGACACUGCUAGCUAUUCCAUUCUCUCGAACGAGUGAAGGAGAGAGUGGAGUGCCGUGCAUGGCGGAUCUCUCGAGUGCCGUGCAAUGGUGGGAGGAGUGGCAGCUGCGCAUCCUCGUCUUGGGCAGCCUGGUCGUCCAGUGGCUUCUCUUCCUCUCUUCCCCUUGGCGUAGGUAUGCCGUUCCUUCCUGGUUCAGAUCCUUAAUAUGGCUGGCAUACCUAUCCAGCGAUGCCCUGGCAAUAUAUGCCCUCGCCACACUCUUCAACCAUCAUAAGAAUCAGGAUGGUAGAGGUAGCAGCGUCCUAAAGGUGGUAUGGACGCCCGUCCUCCUGAUGCACCUCGGCGGACAGGACACCAUCACCGCCUACAACAUCGAAGACAACGAGCUGUGGAGGCGGCACGUCCUGACCGCGCUGUCCCAAGUCACCGUAGCCAUCUACGUGUUCUGCAAAUCAUGGCCCCGUGGCGACAAGAGGUUGCUGCAGGCAGCAAUAGUGCUCUUCGUCCCUGGGGUUCUCAAGUGCUUAGAGAAGCCAUGGGCUCUCAAGAGCGCUAGCAUUAAUAGUCUAAUCUCUUCCAGGGAUGCUCCGAGGCCAACAAACAGACAAGGUGAGAUCAAUUCACUCGAGGACUACGUGAAGGAAGCCAGAGCUUUUUUACUCCAGGAUGACCGAGCUUUUGUACAUUCCAGCGAAGUCGAGGAGCAUCACAAAGACAUUGCAUCACCCUAUAAGCUAUUUGUAGACCUUGCAUCACCCUAUCCUGAUCGACUUGGUAUCCUAAAAUCUUUCUGGGUACUUGAUGAAGAGCAAGUGCAUCGGUCAUUGAGAAUAGUGCUCUCCUAUGUGUUCCGUCUUCUUUACACCAAAGCAAAGAUGUCCCAUGUGCUGAGUUAUAUCAAUUCAGGAAAAAAAGUAGUAUCUCCCAGUCCGAUGUUUGGUUUCUCGAUACGGAAUUUUAGUAUGGUGCUAUCAUUAGCAGCCAUCGGCCUCUUCCACAAUAGUCACAGAGAAGAUUAUAACGAUACCGAUGUCAAGAUUACAUAUGCCUUGCUCUGUUGUACUGCCGUGCUAGAGUUGUCUUCCCAGGCUAACUACAUCAUCUUAGUCUGGCCUGAAAUGGUUUCGCAGCAUAGCCUCAUAGGAUUCUCUAUCCGCAACAAAAAGCACAAGAAGAAGGUGCACAUUGUGAGUUCCCUUGGAUGCAGGGACUUCCUUGACCAACAUUGGAGCAUGAAGUCGUGCUCCUCGGCCCGUAUAAUUACAAAGUUGGUUCUUCAACAUGUCAAAGCUGGAUGGAAGGAUAACAUACAAGAUGCUGCUAGUUACAGGAUGUUCAACGACCUCAGGGGCCAGCGGGCGCUUCAGCGAUACCAAGACCUAGGCUGGAGCAUAAAGAGGCCAUUCGAUGAGAGUGUCCUUUUGUGGCACAUCGCCACAGAUUUCUGCUUCUACGAAGACUCAAGCCCGUUUCCAGGGCAUAGAUGCGCCUUUGCUGAGGUCCCAACAAUAUGGUCCAAAUUUCUGCAUCAUCUUGAGCAAAGAUCAGGGGUUUACCUUGCAAGUCAUCAGCCUGGUUCUCAAUGUGGAGAAGAAAAAUUGAAUUGUAAAGCCGUCCAGUGCAGACAGAUAUCCAAUUAUAUGAUUUACCUACUGUUCGUCAAUCCAGAGAUGCUGUUGCCUGGCACCAGAAGGAAUCUAUUCACAGCCGCCUCUGACGAGCUCCAAGACAUUCUCAAGGACAUGAAUCCACCACUGGAGGAGGGAAGACUUAUCCAGAGAACAAUCAAGGAGAUUGAGUUGCGGUCCACAGGAGAAGGUUUCAUCUACGACGCUUGGGCUCUUGCUAGAGGACUGUUGGCUUUGGGUGAUGAGCAGAGGUGGGAGGUGAUCCAAGGCGUCUGGGUGGAGAUGCUCUGCUUCUCCGCUGGUAGAUGCAGAGGGCACCUACACGCCAAGGCUUUGGGCACAGGCGGGGAGUUGCUCACCUAUGUCUGGCUCCUAUUGUCGCGCAUGGGGAUGGAGACCUUCGCGGAGAGGCUACAGACGACACAACUUCCAAAUCCAAGCGGGGAAGGAAACGCCGACGCCGACGCUCCAUCGACUUCCGCUGGACAAGACAUGGUUUGACAAUUGAUGAUGCUCAUGGAGACUAGCAUUUCGUCUUCCCAGUUUAUUUGCUUUGCUUUCCCGUGGAACGGAACAUUGUGCAUCGAUUGUUGAGUGCUAUCUAUGGAUGUUUGUCCACUGGUCUU